GACUGCCCUCACAUUGCUGGAAUAAUGCGCUAAACAAACAAUUAAACAUACAAACAAACAAAAACAAACAAAACAAAUAUUUUCAUAAAAUUAUAUAACUUUAUUUCUCCAUGAAGCCUUGUGGUAUAAAGCGCAAUAAUCCGCUCUCAAAGUUGCAUCCCUUCGCCGUGCUAUGAUCCGCUGAUUGUGAAUUCAAAUCACAGAUUCGCCAAGAUAUUAAUCCUUGAAUCGAUCCGUCAGGCCCAGGCCCAUAUUGAAACAAACUCUAAUCUCAAGCCCAAAUAACCCCUUCCUCCCUCUUAUUUACAAGGAAAAAAAGUGAAUAUGAAAUCUUUUCCACUUCUACGAACGCUGACAUUUCUGUCAUUUGUGCCGUGUCACCUGGGUUGAGUGAUGGUGAACAUUUAUGUCCUCUUCCAGUUCGUCAGCGAAGGUAAAUACGCAUGAUAUGUUUGAAAUGGAAAAAACACAACAACGUUAAUGAAUGUUGUCUCUGUUCGGAGGCUCGAAAUCCAAACUGUAUGUGUUGGCCGACACUUUGGAAUAAUGUACACCACUGUGUCCGUCUGGAAGCGCCAAAUGUGAUUUUUAAGAGGACAACUCUUCGUAGCGUUCCCGGGACCAGUGAGCGCUCAGACACGGUUCAUUGACACCACAUUUACCGCUCCCGGUACCAGGAAAAUAGAACGAGAACAGAGAAGUACCGCUCAUCAGUUCCAUUACCGUAUUUAUGCAUGUUAAGUUAAAAUGUUUAAAAUUUUAAAAUGUACAUAUUCCUAUCAAUGUUCAGUAACGAUGAAGUAGUUCCGACAAAUGGUCUGUAUUGUCAGUGUCAGACAGAUGGUGGCUGACCAGGUCCUCCUUCAAUGACCCGGGGUGGGCGUCGAUCUGGCGGUAACGUCGCUUACGAGGAGGUUCAGAGGGGUUGCCGACCAUGCCAAGGAUGCUGACUUCGGUGUUGGACUGCUCUCUCUGGACAGCUGCACCAGUAGUAUAUAGUGAGGGCACAGGAGCUGGUUUUGGUUGAUCCGGUUGAUCCAGGCGGAUGCGAAGGUGAUUGGCUGAUCCAAGUCACGUGAUCGGAUAGGAUGACUCAUGCAUCAACAGCGCGUCGGGAAAGGGCGGGGAAUGAAAGACCAUUCACCUGUCCUGUUUGCGGAAACUUAUAUUCCUCUGAAAGGAAUGUGAACCGCCACAGGAGGUCUGCUCACGAAGGGCAGCGCUUUGUUUGUGAGAAAUGCUCUAAAAGUUUUGCUUCCAAACAAAAACUAAACCAGCACAAGUGCGCUGCCUGCUCGCAACAACGCCUAUCGGAAUACCGUUGUAGCAAAUGCCCCGAGGUGUUCCCCUCUCCCCGUGACUUGGCCGUGCAUUUUCGACUGUGUCAUUCUAGCGGCGCAACACAGACGUCGCGUCAUGACGCACGGCCGUCUACCUCUAGAGCAAUACCGGUUAGUGGAGGGACAACCUCUACAAACCAGCCUACACCAUCCACCUCCUCGGGGCAGUUUGCAAGGGCGGGAAACUCUCGUGCUAGUGGAGCUCCCACUCGUUCCCGUAUCACAGCAUCGGAUGGUUGUACUACCUGCCGGACGUGUCAUAGGCGUUUCGAGGAUCGGUUGUCUCUCUACCGUCAUCAGAUGAUAGAGGGACAUCGGGUCUUGCCGCCCCAGUCCGGCAGUGGCGACGGGAAGCAGAACAAGCUCCAGGAUCGUCCCUGGGGAGAGGAUCCGGCCCCUUGGGACGCGGAAAAUGGCCAGGUAGCGGAGCCCGGACUUCAGGAGGCCUAUGACCUGAACGCUCCGUUUAUCCUGGCCCCGGACCAUCACGGGGACGUGCUUUCGACAUUCAACGUUCCCGUGACCAAUGUCAUUUCGAUAGGUGAGUUGAUGGAACGUGCCAGGGAUAUUUAUCAAACUUUAGAUUAUAGUUUUAGAAUGAAUUUAGCUUUUGGUGUCAUCUUGCGUCACGUGGAAACGGGGCGCUAUCGCUAUUUCCAUCCCUACGUUAAUGAUGCUGUGUUUUCAUCUCCCAUCUAUGUCACCGAGCGCAAGGGACUCGAGCGAUUGCGUCAAGCAGUAGAAAGCCUAGAUCUACGCUCUCAUGUAUUGAAACAGCGUCCCGACACCAAAUGGAAACCGGUUUUGAUCACGAAUGUACAGUUUUACUUGUACAGAACAAAUUUUCCUCUCGGCCAUCCCCCCUCCCCACUCCCGGCCUAUAUUAAAAACCACAAGGCUAUCUUUUCUUUAGAUCGUAAUGAACGUGGUCAACUUUACGAGGACCACUUGUGUGCUUUCCGCUGCUUGGCGCUACAUCGCAACCCUUCUGCACGGCGUUCUUUAGAAAAACCUGCUAGAGCUCUUUACUAUCAAUGGGUGGUAUACUCUCGGGGUAAACUUUUUCCUUCUCUGGACAAUGUUCGCCCCGAGGAGUAUACCGGUCUUGACCCAGAUCAUUUUUCUCAUUUCGAAAGUUGCUUCGGUGUGAACCAGUCUGUGUAUACUCUCAACGAGAUCGGGAUAGCUCAACCCCUGUAUAAAUCUCGCGGCCGGUUUAACGAUGACAUCUUUCUAAACCGCUGUCCCUCAUCACUGAUAUGAAAACAUAUUGUAAACUUUAUCAGUGCCUCACCUGUGAAAAACUCUUCUGUUCUACGAAGAACAUUCAAAGACCCCAACGCACGUGUACGGGUCAAACGACCUUGUCCUUUCCCGGUGGUUUCCACCGGCGUACCAAAAGUGUCUUUGACGAGUUGGAAGAGUACGGUUUAUCUGUCGAGUCCGGAGAGAGAUUUUUUCCGUGGUUUAUCGUGUUCGACUUUGAAUGUUUGCUCUAACCCAUCGACCAGGGCACCGAGAAACUGAGGUGGAUGCAGGAACACAGGCCCAUUUCUGUGAGUGUGUGUUCCAACGUGGAGGGGUUUACCUCUCCUCACUGCAUCGUCAAUGCCGAUCAAGAUGUAUUAAUCGGUGACAUGUUAAAGUACAUGUCUCAGAUCGCCUUCAGAGUCAACGAACUCGCCACGGAGAAAUGGAGUUUUCAGCUGGGCUAUCUCAACACCCGACUGGCUAGUUUGCCCGAGUCUGGUGAUGAGAAGAAGAAAGAGGGUGCUCCGGUUAACCCUCUUUCACUGCUCCGGAAGCAACUCUCGAGUUUGUACGGGAAACUUUUGGGGUACUGUUCUCAAGUCCCCAUACUGGGUUUCAACUCAGCUCGUUACGACUUGAACGUGAUCAAGGAAAAGCUACCCAAACAUCUCCCUCUCGACGAUGCGGAAUCUUGCGGGUUCACUGUCAAGAAAAACAACGGUUACUUGUGUCAAAGUAACGAGAGUUUUAAAUUUCUUGAUGUCACCCAGUAUCUCUCUCCCGGAACAAGUUAUCCUCAGUUUCUGAAAGCUUUCGGUGUACAAGAGAAAAAGGUUUUUUUCCCUUACGAGUAUCUUGACAAGGUCGACAAGCUGGAAGAAACACGGCUUCCACCUUUGGGCGAGGCUUGGCAUUCCAGUCUCAAACAGAAAUCUGUCCUCGACGACGGCUUGAAAUCGAACGAGGACAAUUAUACCGACCUCGAGGAAGUCUGGAGACGGGAAGGGAUGUCCACGUUUUGAGAUUUCCUCGAGUGGUAUAACAAUUUAGAUGUAAGUCCAUUUGUCGAAGCCGUAAAAGAAAUGCAACGGUUUUAUUUCGAGGACGGUAUAGACCUCUUUAAAACCCACAUGUCGGUGCCCGGUGUGGCCCGGCAAAAACUGUUCCGGGAGAGCGAGAGAGAGGGGGUCACCUUUGCUCUGUUUGAUAAACAGAACAAAGAUCUGUACCACGCUAUCAAACAAAAUGUGGUCGGUGGCCCCUCUAUCAUAUUCACAAGA